AUGGCUAGCCUAGCUGUUGAAGCAACACUGGGAUUGGUGGAGAUAUUCUCCUCCUUAAUCCUCAAAGAGAUCAACCAGAAAAAAGAUGUGAAGGAUGAUAUUGAUAGCAUCACGAGCUCGUUGACCAUGAUGCGAGCUUUCCUGAACGACGAAGGAGGAACUCGAGGUAACCAGCGUCAUGAGGACAAGGUACGCCAAAUUCGAGAUUUUGCAUUUGCUACUGAGGACGCUCUCGAUGAGUUCAUGUUCCACGUCUCGCACCAUAUUCAUGCGCACAAGAUCACGAAAUUUGCACACGUGGUUGCUCAUUUUUUUCCAGAAAAGUUAGCCUUUCAUGAACUGUCCUCCGAGAUCAAAAGAAUUAGAUCUCGAAUCCAAAAUUUUAUAGAAGUUUAUCAACUGUGCGCUGGAAAUACUAGUUCUGGAGAAGGCGGGAGCUCUAAUGGGUGGUCUGAAGAUCAUUUGUUCCACCAAUUAAUUGAAGAAGAUGAUAUCGUGGGUUUCGAAGAACAUGUGGAAAGCGUUUGUAAUCAGUUGCUAUCCAGAGAACCCUGCCUUUCCACGAUUUCCAUAGUGGGUCUUCCUGGUUCGGGUAAAACGGUUCUCGCCAAGCAGGUUUAUGAGUGCAAGAGAGUUCAGGGGCAUUUCGAGUUCCGUGCUUGGGCGCAUGUCUCUCGUUCCUUAAAGCUCGAUGAGGUUUUAAGGAGCAUAUUAACACAAUUUUUUCCUGGGAUUGGUGGGUCAAUUCUCACAAAUGAAGUUGCCAUGAGAGAAAUUUUAAAUAAAUAUGUGCAGCAGCAACGGUUCCUUGUUGUUCUGGACGACAUAUGGAGAAUGCGAGAUUGGGAACUGAUUAUAAAUGUAUUUCAGAAUGGUUCCAGUGGCAGUAGAAUAUUGUUCACUUCUCGCGACAGCAAUGUGGGCGCGUCUUGUGUCGAAUACCCCAAAUAUGUCCAUGAACUUAAUGGUUUACCAUGGAAAAAAGCAUCAAACCUAUUCUGUAAGAAGGCUUUCCGGAGCUGCAACGGGAUUUGCCCCCCCGAGUUGGAGGAUUGGUCCGAGAAAAUAAUUAAGAAGUGUGAAGGGCUUCCCUUAGCAGUAAUAGCAGCAGGCAACCUCCUAUCAGGAAGCGGCAAAUUCCAUAUGAAUGGAAGAAAUUGCACGACAGCCUUGGAGACAAUCUUCCUGUUAUGGGGAUUAUUCUAUUACCAACGGCAAAGAUUGAUCCGCCUAUGGAUAGCUGAAGGAUUUGUGAAGGAAGCGAGGAACACAUCGCUGGAGGAAGUUGCAGAGAAUUAUCUUAAUAAGCUCGUUCAGAAGAAUCUGGUUCAUGUGACAGCGAGGGAUAUAGAUGGACGGGUGAGAAGUUGCCGUGUCCUGAAUCUUGUUCAUGACUUCAUCAUUGCCAAGGCUGUGGAAGAGAACUUUGUUAGAUCCGCAUCCACAGGAAGCUCAUUGUCACAGGAAAGAAUCCGGCGCCUAUCUGCUCAAACAGAAAAUUGCACAAAUGUUGAACUUAGUGAAACAUCAGGUCAUGUUCGGUCUGCUUUUAUGUUUGGGGGAGGAAAGUUUUCGAACUUGGAGUUUUUCCGGUUGUUGAAGGUUUUAGAUAUGCAAGGCGCUCCGCUGGAGGAUUUCCCCAUCGAUAUUGUCAAACUUGUGCUUCUAAAGUACCUGAGUUUGCGAAAGACAAAUGUCAAGACAGUUCCCAAGUCCAUAAAGAAGCUUGCCCUCCUCGAAACCUUGGACCUCAAACAAACUAGUGUCACGUGGCUUCCAGGGAGCAUUUUUCGGCUGCACCUUUUGCGUCAUCUUCUAGUUUAUAAAUAUGACGUGAAGAACUACGUGACUUUUGAUGGUGCAAAGGGCAUAGAGAUGCACAGUGGAAGGGGGGCCUUAUCUAAAAUACAGAAGUUGUCACUCGUGAAGGCUACAACAGAGCUUAUUCAGAAAUUGGAUGCUAUGAUCCAUUUGAGGAAGCUUGGACUCAUAAAUUUGAAGAGUAAGGACGGGAGAAAAGUAUGUGGAUCCAUCCAGAAAAUGGAGCAUCUCUCAACACUUGAUCUACAAGCAGAUUCAGGGGACGAUCUAGAAUUGGAUCAUAUCCAGAUCAAGCCCGGGUUUGAGGUUCUUCAACACCUUUACUUAAAAGGGCAACUGAAAGAAUUACCCAGUUGGGUUUCUUCCCUGCAGAGUCUCAUCAAAGUCGGCCUAAAGUGGUCGAGAUCAGACUUCAGCCCGCUUCCAGCUCUUCAGGCUUUGCCUAAUCUGAUGGAGCUCGAUAUGGCCGAUGCUUUUACGGGGCAAACACUGGAGUUCUCGAAGAACACGUUCAGUAAACUGAAGAUACUUCAGAUUGAACAAUUCCGUGAGCUGAGCAUGGUGGUUGUGGAGGUCGGUGCAAUGCCUGCUCUUGAAAAGUUGACGUUCUGUAAGUGCGAUAAAUUGAAUAUGCUUCCCUUGGGCAUAGAAAAUCUCACUUGUCUCCAAGAACUGCUUCUGUACGACAUGAAUGGGCAACUCAUCGAUCGGCUCCGCAAGAACAGUGAGGAUCGUAAUUUGAGAACUGGGAUCGGAAUGGACGUGGGCAUGUCCGACGACGGGAACGGUUCAAGCACUCCAGUGGGGAUGGGCAUGUCCGACGACGGAAAUGCGUCAACCACUCCAGUGGGAAUGGACGUGUCGGCCGAGAGAAACACAUCAAGCAUUACAGGAUUUCCAUUGGAUACAGCAUACAUGAUAAAGAUGAAUUAUUCAAGAUCAGCGGUUGACAACUUGGAAAAGAUCGAGGGCUUUGGGGGCACAGUUUUGCAUGAAGUGAACGCCCAUACCAUGAACAAACACCCCAUUCUCAGGCGCAUAUCCUUCGAUCGAAUCGUCUACAAUUUUCCUCAUGCUGGCUUCUACGGCCCCGAGGAAUCCUUACUCCAGAUAGAGCUUCACCGAGAUCUGGUCAGAGGCUUGAAGAAUGCGAAAACGAUGCUCACUGAGGAUGGAGUGAUUCAUGUGACGCACAAGACGGCUCAUCCAUACAGCAAGUGGGAGAUCGAGAAGCUGGCCGAGGAACAAGGCCUGUUUUUGGUUGAGAAAGUGCGAUUCUCGGUGAGGGAUUAUAAAGGGUAUGUUAAUCGGAGAGGCAAAAGCCCCAAUUGUUAUAGUACUUUUCCAAUCGGAGAAGCCUCUACUUACAAGUUUAGCAAAAAUGAUCACGCAGUACAUCGCGAUAAUGCUCUGCUUAACUUGAGCUUAGCCGAUCUUGUUGAGCAUGCUCGAGCGAAAUAA